CGUCCAGCAGCUGAUCGGUAAUCCAGAAGAAGUUUCCCCUCAGUUAGGGGGGAGCUCCACUUUGAAGCAGGAGACUCCACAACCACCCUGCAUUAAAAAGGAAGAGGAGGAACUCUGCAUCACUCAGGAGGGAGAGUGUCUUCUAGGACGAGAGGAAGCUGAUUACACCAAGUUUCCACUGAGUAUUCUCUCUGUGAAGACUGAAGAUGAUGAAGAGAAACCACAAGUAGACAACCUCUUAGCUCCACUAUCAGAUAGUGAGGCUGAAGACGAGGUUGACGAACCUUUGAGCAGCGAUACAGACUGUGAAGGUGAUAUGAGGACUCACACUGACAACAAACACUCUGAAUGCUCUACAAAGAAGAGAGGUAAAACAUGCUUGAGCUGUUCAAUUUGUGCUGAAAGUUUUACUACAAAGGGCAAUUUGACUCGACACAUGAGAACACACACAGGUGAAAAACCAUUUAAUUGUUCAGUUUGUGGCAAAGGCUUUUCUGUUAAGUGCAAUUUGACUGGACACAUGAGAACACACAUGGGUGAAAAACCAUUUAAUUGUUCAGUUUGUGGAAAAAGCUUUUCUCAAAAUAGCAAUUUGACUCAACACAUGAGAACACACACAGGAGAAAAAACAUUUAAUUGUUCAGUUUGUGACAAAAGCUUUUCUCAAAAUAGCUGGUUGACUCAACACAUGAGAACACACACUGGUGAAAAACCAUUUAAUUGUUCAGUUUGUGGAAAAAGCUUUUCAAUUAAGUGCAGUUUGAUUAAACACAUGAGAACACACACAGGUGAAAAACCUUUUAAUUGUUCAGUUUGUGAAAAAAGCUUUUCUGUUAAGUGCAGUUUGAUUAAACACAUUAGAACACACACAGGAGAAAAAACAUUUAAUUGUUCAGUUUGUAGCAAAAGCUUUUCUCAAAAUUGCAGUUUGACUGAACACAUGAGAACACACACAGGUGAAAAACCAUUUAAUUGUUCAGUUUGUAGCAAAAGCUUUUCUCAAAAUUGCAGUUUGAUUAAACACAUGAGAACACACACAGGUGAAAAACCAUUUAAUUGUUCAGUUUGUGGCAAAAGCUUUAAUCAAAAUGUCAAUUUGACUCAACACACGAGAACACACACAAGGGAAAAACCAUUUAAUUGUUCAGUUUGUGGCAAAAGUUUUUCUCAAAAUAGCCAUGUGACUCAACACAUGAAAACACACACAGGUGAAAAACCAUUUAAUUGUUUAAUUUGUGGCAAAAGCUUUUCUCAAAAUGUCAAUUUGACUCAACACAUGAGAACACACAAGUGAAAAACCAUUUAAAUGUUCAGUUUGUGUCAAAAGCUUUUCUCAAAAUAGCUAUUUGAGUCGACACAUGAGAACACACUGGUGAAAAACCAUUUAAUUGUUCAGUUUGUGGCGUAAGUUUUUCUCAAAAUUGCCAUUUGACCUGACACAUGAGAACACACACAGUUGAAAAACCAUAUAAAUGUUCAGUUUUUGUCAAAAGCUUUUAUCAAAAUUGCCAUUUGACUCAACACAUGAGAACACACACAGGUUAAAAACAUUUAAAUGUUCAGUUUGGGGCAAAAGCUUUUCUCAAAAUGUAAAUUUGACUCAACACAUAAGAACACACAGGUGAAAAACCAUUUAAUUGUUCAAUUCGUGUCAAAAGCUUUUCUCAAAAUAGCUAUUUGAGUCGACACAUGAGGACACACAUGGGAGAAAAAACAUUUAAUUGUUCAGUUUGUGGCAAAAGCUUUUCUCAAAAUUGUGGUUUGACUCGACGCAUGAGAACACACUCAGGUGAAAAACCAUAUAAAUGUUCAGUUUGUGGCAAAAUCUUUUAUUGAAAUACUUAUUUGACUCAACACAUGAGAACACUCAUAGGUGAAAAAACAUUUAAUUGUUCAGUUUUUGGCAAAAGCUUUUCUCAAAAUAGCAUUUUGACUCAACACAUGAGAACACACACAGGUGAAAAACCAUUUAGUUGUUCAGUGUGCUGUAAAAGGUUCCCACAUAAUGCAGACGUAGUAAAACACACAAGAACACACAAGGGAAAAUAACCAAUUAGCUGUUUAGUUUGUGGUAUGUUGCUCAUAUGUGGUGACAUCCACCCUACCCAGGACCUCCUCACUGCUUCUUUCACAAAUAUCUGAGGUAUUCGUACAAACUUGGAUUAUUGGAAGCAUAAUCUUAUCCACUCAUGACCCCAUGUCUUCUCUGUAUCUGAAACCUUCCUGAACAGUAAGAUAGAUGAUGUUUCAAGUGCUUGGUUACUCCUUCUUCAGUCCAGGGA